AUGUCGACUCCCGUCGACGAAACCAAAACCUUCCACGUGCAGGAGAAGAAGGACAAGAGGAAGGACUCGGACGAUGUCUCGCCCAUGUCCGAAGAUGGCACCUAUGUGCACGACAAUGUCGAUCGCGGACUGACGGUCGACACGACUCGCGUCCCCGAAGAUGAUGACCCGCCCCCUACCACGGCCUCUGCGCGUCGAGAAGAGGCUACCCGGCUGGAGGAUGACUUGAUGCUCCUGCAGGCCGAACGCGUCGCCUCGCAGUCGACCCAUGAAGGGGGUGAUGAACACGACCCCGACCGGCCUUCCAUCAGUAAAGUCCGCUCGCGCCGCUCCGAGGCCAUUGACGAGUUUGACGAGGCGACGAACCCACUGCACGAAAAAGCCGCCGUCUACAAGCCCCCCGAAACCCCCAACACCAAGAUCGCCGCCUUCGUGAAGAAACUGCACGAGUCGAGCUUUAUCGUUCGCUACCUCACCUACAUUUUGCCCGUGGUGCUCCUGCUGUUGAUUCCGUUGCUGGUUGGGGCCCUCAAGUACACCAAGGCUAGUGUCGGUGGGGUGAAAUUGAUGUGGUUCGCCAUCUGGCUGGAAAUCGUCUGGUUGACCCUGUGGGCCGGACGAAUUGUCGGCAAGUGUUUGCCUCCCGCGGUUGGGAUCAUGGCUAGCAUCUUCACCAACAAUGCGAAAAAAUGGCGCGAUAUGGCCAAGCAGCUGGAGCUACACGCGGCCCUCUUUUUCUGGUGGCUCGGUGUCGAGAUCUCGUUUUUGCCUACCAUGAAAAACCAUCAUGUGGACGGCGACAAGACCACUCGCAGCUGGGAGAACACACUGAACAAGAUCAUCAUUGUGGUCUUUGUCUGGACAAUCCUCAACUUCAUCGAGAAGAUUCUUCUUCAGCUGAUCGCCAUCAGCUUCCAUCUGCGCACUUAUGCCGAUCGCAUUGAGAUCAACAAGUUCCAGAUCGGAAGCUUGACCAAGCUGUAUGAUGUGUCCCGCAGUCGGAUCAGCGACAAGGAUGAGGAAUUUGAGGAAAAGAAGCCGGAUCAGUCGAAUAGCGCCGGCACCAAGACCCCCCUGCAAUAUGCCGGCAAGGCCCAGCGCGUGGCCAAGGGUGCCUUGAGCAAAGUUGGGAACAAGGUCGGCGACGUGGCUGGCGCGAUGGCCGCGGACUUCACUGGCCGCAAGGCCAACCGGAGCAGCGACCCCUACAUGGUGACUUUGGCCCUGUUGCGGACCACCCCGGGAUGCCAGGUUCUUGCUCGUCGUCUUUACCGUACGUUCGUGCGCGACGGCUUUGACACGGUCUUUUCGGGUGAUCUGAAGGAGGCAUUCGAAAAUGGCGACGAAGCCGAGGCUGCGUUUACCAUGUUUGACCGCGACAUGAACGGCGACAUCUCCAUGGACGAGCUCGAGGCCGUCUGUGUGGAUAUUGGCCGCGAGCGCAAGUCAAUCACGGCGUCGCUGAAGGACUUGGACUCGGUCGUGUCGAAACUGGACGAUGUGUUCAUGUUCUUUGUCUUUGUCGUGGUCUUGAUAGUCUUCUUGUCCCUGAUUUCGACCUCGGCUGCCGGUGUGCUCACGUCUGCGGGAUCCACUAUCCUGGCACUGUCUUGGCUGUUCUCUGCCACAGCACAGGAAUUCCUUCAGUCUGUGAUUUUCGUGUUCGUCAAGCACCCGUUCGAUGUCGGUGACCGCGUGACUAUCUACGGUAACUCGGGCGAUGCGGGUCUCGGUGAUGACUACUUUGUCAAGGAGAUUACCCUUCUCUACACCGAGUUUAAGAAGAUGCAGGGUCAUGUCGUGCAGGCUCCCAACAGCUACCUCAACACACUCUUCAUUCUCAACCAGCGGCGGUCGGGUGCUCUCGCCGAGGCUAUUCCGAUCAUCAUCAAAUACGGCACCACUAUCGACAUGAUCGACGGCCUGCGCCAGCGUCUGUUGGAGUUUGUGCGCAGCGAGAAGCGCGAUUUCCAGAGCAACAUCCUCACUGAGCUGCGCGCGGUCACGGAGAACUUCUCGCUCACGCUCAACGUCGUCUUCUUCUACAAGUCCAACUGGCAGAACGAAGGCCUGCGUCUGCAGCGCCGCAACAAGUUCAUCUGCAUGCUCAUGAUCGCCCUUCAGGAGAUUGGCAUCGAGGGCCCGCGCAUGAACCUCCAGGGCGCCAACGUGGAUAUUCCCUUCCACGUCAACUAUGGCAACGCGCCCAUCACGGCCCCGACUCCCAGCAACCGCGACGACGCCGACGUUCAGGAAGUCCCCAUCGAGGACUCCAGUGCUCUCUCCGAAAACACUGGCACUAGCACCGCUGUACGUCACCCGUCGAUCCUCCGCAAGGGCAUGAAGACCGCUGCGGCGCGCGCCCGCGGCCAGUCUGUGUCGCAGCGCAAGCACGUCGACUUCUCUCUGGGCAUGUCCAAUCUCUCUGCCAACGACAUCAUGGGCGAUGUCUUUGAGGAACGCGGCACACGCAUCGACGAUGUGGUUCGCACCGCCAACCGCGACGCCGCCGACCGCCGCAUGCAGGAGGUUGCCGAGGAGGAGGAGCGUCGCAGCCGUAGCUCGUCUUCGCGCCACCGCCGCCCCUCCAACCUCAGCGUGCCUACCAACAACGAUGACGGUCGCCGGUCGACCGAUGCCCACAGCACUCGCAGCGGCACCUCUUCUGUCCGAAACCGCUUCUUCCGCCACCGCAGCAACCCCAGCGGCGAUCGUGACGAUUUGAUGGAGCAGGGCCGUUUCGACCAGCCCACCCCGCCUCCUCCGGCUGCCAACCUGGAUCCUAAUGCGCGCGCAUAA